GUCGUGAACUGUGAAUGUAGCUUUCUGAAGUCCGGUGGAGUCCCUGUUAGCUAGUUAACCUUGCACUGUAUUCACGGUUUUGUCUUAUAGUGUUGGACUUUGCGCAGCAGUCAUAGCAUAAUUAUAAUUAAAUGGCCAGUAAUAUUCGUUGACGUGGAAUAUUAUUACGUCUAAAUGGUGAUAAUGUCAGGCACAGCCACAGUGCUACAGCAGUUUGUCAGUGGGUUGAAGAGUCGGAAUGAAGACACCAGAGCAAAAUCAGCCAAAGAUCUGCAGCACUAUGUGACCACAGAACUCAGAGAGUUAAGCCAGGAUGAAGCCACCACAUUCUAUGAUGAGUUAAACCAUCACAUAUUUGAGCUGGUCUCCAGCUCAGAUGUGAAUGAAAAGAAAGGAGGGAUUCUAGCCAUUGUUAGUCUGAUUGGAGUUGAGGGAGGGAAUGCCACCAGGAUCAGCCGCUUUGCCAAUUACUUGCGCAACCUGCUGCCCUCCAGCGACCCAGUGGUGAUGGAGAUGGCGUCUAAAGCCAUGGGCCACCUGUCCAUGGCGGGGGACACCUUCACCGCAGAGUAUGUGGAGUUUGAGGUGAAGAGGGCGCUGGAGUGGCUGGGAGCAGACAGGAAUGAAGGCAGACGUCAUGCUGCAGUGUUGGUGUUGAGGGAGCUAGCAGUGAGCGCCCCCACCUUCUUCUUUCAGCAAGUACAGCCGUUUUUCGACAACAUCUUCUACGCUGUGUGGGACCCCAAGCAGGCCAUCCGAGAAGGGGCCGUGUCUGCACUGCGAGCCUGUCUCAUCCUCACAACCCAGAGGGAGACCAAGGAAAUGCAAAAACCCCAGUGGUACAAACAAACAUUUGAGGAGGCAGAGAAAGGGUUUGAUGAGACUUUGGCUAAAGAAAAAGGGAUGAAUCGUGAUGACAGGGUCCACGGGGCACUUCUGAUCCUGAAUGAACUGGUUCGCAUCAGUAGCAUGGAGGGAGAGCGCUUGCGUGAGGACAUGGAGGAGAUCACGCAACAACAACUGGUCCAUGAUAAGUACUGCAAAGAGCUGAUGGGCUUUGGAACGAAGCCACGCCACAUCACACCUUUCACCAGCUUCCAGUCGGUGCAGCCACAACAGUCCAAUGCCCUGUUGGGCCUGCUGGGUUACAGCACGCCUCAGGGCUUCCUCAGUUUUGGAGCCACACCUGUACCAGCCAAAAGCUCGCUGGUGGAAAGCCGAUAUUGCCGGGAGCUGAUGGAGGAACGUUUUGACCAGGUGUGUCGGUGGGUGCUUAAAUACAAGAGCAGUAAAAACCCUUUGAUCCAGAUGACCAUCCUCAACCUGCUGCCACGCCUGGCUGCUUUCCAGCCGCAUACCUUCACAGACCAGUAUCUCUCAGACACUAUGGGCUAUCUGCUGGGCUGUCUGAAGAAGGAGAAGGAAAGAAUGGCAGCUUUCCAGGCUCUAGGGCUGCUGGUUGUGGCUGUUAGGUCAGAGAUCCAGCCCUAUCUCUCCAAGAUCCUUGAGAUCAUCAAGGCCGCCCUGCCACCAAAAGACUUUGCGCACAAGAGGCAGAAGACCAUGCAAGUAGAUGCUACAGUGUUCACCUGCAUCAGCAUGCUUUCCAGAGCCAUGGGUCCCAGCAUCCAACCAGAUAUCAAAGAACUGCUGGAACCCAUGCUGGCUGUUGGCCUCAGCCCUGCACUGACAGCAGUGUUGUACGACCUGAGCCGCCAGAUCCCGCAGUUGAAGAAGGACAUUCAGGAUGGCCUGCUAAAGAUGCUUUCCCUGGUGUUGAUGCAUAAGCCACUUCGUCACCCUGGCAUGCCCAAAGGUCUGGCACACCAGCUGGCCUCACCGAGCCUCAGCAACAUCCCUGAAGCCAGUGAUGUCGGCAGCAUCACCCUGGCCCUUCGCACGCUGGGAAGCUUUGAAUUUGAAGGCCACUCUCUCACCCAGUUUGUGCGGCACUGUGCCGAUCAUUUCCUGAACAGUGAACAUAAGGAGAUUCGGAUGGAAGCAGCUCGGACCUGCUCGCGCCUCCUUACGCCCUCCAUCCACCUGAUCAGUGGCCAUGUUGUGAGCCAAACAGCUGUACAGGUUGUUGCAGAUGUGCUCAGCAAACUGCUGGUUGUUGGCAUCACCGAUCCAGAUCCAGACAUCCGAUACUGUGUGCUAGCAUCUCUUGAUGAGCGCUUUGAUGCACACCUUGCGCAGGCUGAGAAUUUGCAGGCACUGUUUGUAGCGCUGAAUGAUGAGGUGUUUGAGAUUCGAGAACUGGCCAUCUGUACAAUCGGACGCCUCAGCAGCAUGAACCCCGCCUUUGUCAUGCCCUUCUUACGCAAGAUGCUCAUCCAGAUCUUAACAGAGUUGGAGCACAGUGGUGUUGGCAGGAACAAAGAGCAGAGUGCUCGGAUGCUUGGUCAUCUGGUCUCCAACGCUCCGCGUCUCAUACGCCCUUAUAUGGAGCCCAUCCUCAAGGCCCUCAUCCUGAAGCUGAAAGACCCAGAUCCAAAUCCUGGAGUGGUCAUCAGUGUUCUGGCAACAAUUGGAGAAUUGGCUCAGUGUCUUCUUUGUCAGGUGAGCGGCCUUGAGAUGAGAAAGUGGAUGGAUGAGCUUUUCCCAAUCAUCAUGGACAUGCUGCAGGACUCCUCUUCACUGGCCAAGCGACAGGUGGCACUAUGGACAUUGGGCCAGCAGGUGGCUAGUACAGGCUAUGUGGUAGAGCCGUACCGCAAGUACCCAUCCCUGCUGGAGGUGUUGCUAAACUUCCUCAAGACGGAGCAAAACCAGGGCAUCAGGAGAGAGGCUAUUCGUGUACUGGGUCUGUUGGGAGCUCUGGACCCUUAUAAACACAAGGUGAACAUUGGCAUGAUUGAUCAAUCACGAGAUGCAUCUGCUGUCAGUCUGUCCGAGUCCAAAUCCAAUCAGGACUCAGCGGAUUAUAGCACCAGUGAGAUGCUCGUGAACAUGGGGAACCUGCCCCUGGAUGAGUUUUAUCCUGCUGUGGCAAUUGUAACUCUGAUGCGCAUCCUGCGAGACCCUUCACUUUCCAACCACCACACUAUGGUAGUACAGGCCGUUACCUUCAUCUUCAAGUCUUUGGGUCUCAAGUGUGUCCAGUUCCUGCCCCAGGUCAUGCCCACUUUCCUCAAUGUCAUCAGAGUCUGUGACGCCAGCAUCCGAGAGUUCCUCUUUCAACAAAUGGGAAUGGUGGUGUGUUUUGUGAAAAUCCACAUCCGCCCCUAUAUGGAUGACAUCUUCACGCUCAUUAGGGAGUACUGGACACCAAACAACCCCAUGCAGAACACUAUCAUCCUUCUGAUUGAGCAGAUUGUGGUUGCGCUGGGUGGAGAAUUCAAGCUCUACCUGCCUCAGCUCAUCCCACACAUGUUACGUGUCUUCAUGCAUGACAACAGUACCGGGCGCAGCGUUACCAUCAAGCUUCUUAACGCCAUCCAGCUGUUUGGUGCUAACCUGGACGACUACCUUCACUUGCUGUUGCCUCCCAUUGUCAAGUUGUUCGAUGCCUCUGAUGUUCCCCUGCAAGCCCGGAAGGUUGCCUUAGAGACGCUGGACCGUCUGACAGAAUCGUUGGACUUCACAGACUAUGCUUCACGUAUUAUCCACCCGAUUGUUCGGACACUUGACAGCACGCCUGAACUGCGCUCUACCUCCAUGGACACCCUGUCCUCACUAGUGUUCCAGCUGGGCAAGAAGUAUCAGAUAUUCAUCCCCAUGGUCAACAAAGUCAUGUUGAAGCACAGGAUCAACCACCAGCGUUAUGACAUACUUAUAUGUCGGAUUGUCAAGGGCUACACUCUGGCAGAGGAGGAGGAGGACCCUCUAAUCUUCCAGCAUCGCCAGCUUCGUGGUAACCAGGGUGAUACGCUGGUCAGCGGACCAGUUGAGGCAGGGCCUAUGAAGAAACUUCACGUCAGCACUACUGCGCUUCAGAAGGCUUGGGGAGCUGCUAGGAAGGUGUCCAAAGAUGACUGGCUGGAGUGGCUUAGGCGUUUGAGUGUUGUCUUGCUCAAAGAGUCGUCCUCUCCAGCCCUACGAUCGUGCUGGUCACUUGCCCAAACCUACAUCCCACUUGCCAGAGACCUGUUCAAUGCCGCCUUCCUGUCCUGUUGGUCUGAGCUGAGUGAGGACCAGCAGGAUGAGCUGAUCCGCAGCAUUGAGUUAGCGCUUACUUCUCAGGACAUUGCUGAGGUCACUCAGACCCUUCUCAACCUGGCUGAGUUCAUGGAGCACAGUGACAAGGGCCCACUGCCUCUGAGAGAUGAUAAUGGCAUUGUACUGCUUGGAGAGAGGGCUGCAAAGUGCCGUGCCUAUGCCAAAGCACUUCAUUACAAAGAGCUUGAAUUUCAGAAAGGUCCUUCUCCACUCAUUCUGGAGUCCCUAAUCAGUAUCAACAAUAAACUGCAGCAGCCAGAGGCAGCAUCUGGGGUGCUCGAAUAUGCCAUGAAGCAUUUUGGUGAAUUGGAGAUCCAAGCCACAUGGUAUGAGAAGCUGCAUGAAUGGGAGGAUGCUCUGGUGGCAUAUGACAAGAAAAUUGACAUGAACAAAGAGGAUCCAGAGCUUAUUCUGGGCAGGAUGCGGUGCUUAGAGGCUCUGGGAGAAUGGGGCCAGUUACAUCAGCAGUGCUGUGAGGAGUGGACAUUUGUCAGCGAGGAAACCCAGGCCAAGAUGGCUCGCAUGGCUGCUGCUGCCGCCUGGGGUCUAGGGCACUGGGACAGCAUGGAGGAGUACACAUGUAUGAUCCCAAGAGACACGCAUGAUGGUGCUUUCUAUAGAGCAGUGUUAGCGCUGCAUCAGGACCUCUUCUCAUUGGCCCAACAGUGUAUUGACAAAGCAAGAGACCUCUUGGAUGCUGAGCUGACAGCCAUGGCUGGUGAAAGCUACAGUCGAGCAUACGGGGCCAUGGUGUCCUGCCAGAUGCUGUCCGAGCUGGAGGAGGUAAUCCAGUACAAACUGGUGCCAGAGAGGAGGGACAUCAUCAGGGAAACAUGGUGGGAGAGGCUUCAGGGUUGUCAGCGUAUUGUCGAGGAUUGGCAGCGGAUCUUGAUGGUCAGAUCGCUCGUCAUCAGCCCCCAUGAAGACAUGAGGACUUGGUUGAAGUAUGCUAGCCUAUGUGGAAAAAGUGGACGCUUGGCACUGGCCCAUAAGACUCUGGUGCUUCUUCUGGGUGUUGACCCCUCCAAGCAGCUGGAUCACCCUCUCCCAACUGCCCAUCCCCACGUCACCUAUGCUUAUAUGAAGUAUAUGUGGAAGAGCACUCGCAAGAUUGAUGCCUUCCAGCACAUGCAGCACUUUGUGCAAGGGAUGCAACAGCAAGCCCAGCAUGCCAUUGCAGCUGAGGACCAACAACACAAGCAGGAGCUCCACAAACUGAUGGCCAGAUGUUUUCUGAAACUGGGAGAGUGGCAGCUCAGUCUCCAGGGCAUCAAUGAGAGUACUAUCCCCAAGGUUUUGCAGUAUUACAGCCAUUCCACUGAGCAUGACCGUAACUGGUACAAGGCAUGGCAUGCCUGGGCAGUAAUGAAUUUCGAGGCAGUGCUGCACUACAAACACCAAAACCAAGGGCGUGACGAGAAGAAGAAGCUGCGACAUGCCAGCGGCGCCAGCGCUAACAGUGAAGCUAGCAAUAGUGACAGCGAGAUCGACAGCAAUGGCCACAGUCCUGUUCCCUCACCAGGGCAGAAGAAGGUCAAUGAGGACCUCUCUAAGACAUUACUGCUGUACACGGUUCCUGCUGUUCAAGGUUUUUUCCGUUCCAUUUCCCUGUCCAGAGGCAAUAACCUGCAGGAUACCCUCAGGGUGUUGACUUUGUGGUUUGAUUAUGGUCACUGGCCUGAGGUGAAUGAAGCCCUCGUGGAAGGCAUCAAAACCAUUCAGAUAGACACGUGGCUACAGGUGAUCCCUCAACUCAUAGCCCGUAUUGACACACCUCGAGCCCUGGUGGGUCGCCUCAUACACCAGUUGUUAACAGAUAUUGGGCGGUAUCAUCCCCAGGCUUUGAUCUACCCCCUGACUGUGGCCUCAAAGUCCACCACCACAGCCCGACACAAUGCUGCCAACAAAAUCCUAAAGAAUAUGUGCGAACACUGCAACACGUUGGUCCAGCAGGCCAUCAUGGUGAGUGAGGAGCUGAUCAGAGUUGCCAUUUUGUGGCACGAGAUGUGGCAUGAAGGCCUUGAAGAGGCUUCACGGCUUUACUUUGGUGAGCGUAAUGUGAAAGGCAUGUUUGCUGUGCUGGAGCCUCUACAUGCCAUGAUGGAGAGAGGCCCACAGACCCUCAAAGAGACCUCCUUCAACCAGGCUUAUGGCAGGGACUUGAUGGAGGCUCAGGACUGGUGCAGGAAGUACAUGCGCUCUGGAAAUGUAAAAGACUUGACUCAGGCUUGGGACCUGUACUACCAUGUGUUCAGGCGCAUCUCCAAACAGUUGCCACAGCUGACCUCUCUGGAGCUACAAUAUGUGUCUCCAAAACUGCUGAUGUGCCGGGACCUGGAGCUGGCUGUACCAGGCACUUAUGACCCCAACCAGCCCAUCAUCCGCAUCCAGUCCAUUGCCCCCUCGCUGCAGGUUAUCACCUCCAAGCAACGCCCACGCAAGCUCACCAUCAUGGGCAGUAAUGGCCAUGAGUUCAUGUUCCUGCUGAAGGGUCAUGAGGACCUGAGACAAGAUGAGAGGGUGAUGCAGCUGUUUGGUCUGGUCAACACGCUGCUUGCCAAUGACCCUGCAUCCCUGCGCAAGAACCUCAGCAUCCAGCGCUAUGCUGUCAUCCCACUGUCCACAAACUCUGGCCUUAUUGGCUGGGUGCCCCACUGUGACACGCUGCACGCCCUCAUCAGAGACUACAGGGAGAAAAAGAAGAUCUUACUCAACAUCGAGCAUCGCAUCAUGCUCAGGAUGGCCCCGGACUACGAUCACCUCACGCUAAUGGAGAAGGUAGAGGUGUUUGAACAUGCUGUCAACAACACAGCCGGAGAUGACCUAGCCAAGCUGUUAUGGCUCAAGAGUCCAAGCUCAGAGGUGUGGUUUGACAGAAGGACUAAUUAUACUCGCUCACUGGCUGUGAUGUCAAUGGUGGGCUACAUAUUAGGACUGGGUGACAGGCAUCCAUCCAAUUUAAUGUUAGACCGCUUAAGUGGAAAAAUUCUCCACAUUGACUUUGGAGACUGUUUUGAGGUUGCCAUGACCAGAGAGAAAUUCCCUGAGAAGAUCCCAUUCCGCCUGACAAGGAUGUUGACCAAUGCCAUGGAGGUGACGGGCUUGGAUGGUAACUAUCGUAUCACCUGUCACACGGUGAUGGAGGUGCUGAGGGAGCAUCGAGACAGCGUCAUGGCCGUGCUGGAGGCCUUCGUCUAUGACCCACUGCUCAACUGGAGGCUCAUGGACACAAAUACCAAAGGCAACAAACGCUCUCGCACCAGAACUGAUUCUUACACCGCAGGACAGUCAGUGGAGGCCCUGGAGGGAAUCGACCUGGGAGAGACCACACACAAGAAACCGGGGACCACAGUGCCUGAAUCCAUUCACUCGUUCAUUGGAGAUGGUUUGGUACAGCCUGAGGCGCUGAACAAGAAAGCCAUUCAGAUCAUCAACAGAGUGCGAGACAAACUUACAGGUCGAGACUUCUCUCACGAUGAGACACUGGAUGUUCCAACACAAGUAGAACUCCUCAUUAAGCAAGCCACGUCGCAUGAAAACCUGUGUCAGUGUUACAUCGGCUGGUGCCCAUUUUGGUGAAGGACCAUCUUUGACAACCAAAGUUACAUAUGACUGUUUUUUUGUUUUUGUUUUGUUUUUAUUUGUUUGUUUGUUUUGUAAUUAUUGAAAUGCCACAAAGAAGUACUCGACUCAGUUCAGCACUCUCUGAAAAAUAUAUUUAAUGACAGGGCUGUAUUUGGAAAAACAUCUCAAUGUGUUGUUGGAUAAUUGUCAGUUUGUUAAUGUUAAAAACUCAGUUUUUAAUCUAAUAAUCAAGGCUUUUUUUUUUCUGAUAAAAUGGAGGCUUUUACUUGCUUGUAUGCAGUAAUUUCUUUGGCCUGUUCUUUUUUCCCUGUUGACAUGUUGUAAUAAUGUAAGCCAUGACUUUGGUGGCACACUGUAUGCUGAUCCUUUCUUUUCGUGUGAUGUGAAAAUUUAAACCCUGUUUCUGUUCACUUUUUGGAGGUUAGUCAUGAUGUCAUGUGACUAGAGAUGACCGUGUAUGGAAUAAUGUGCCAUUAAACCUGUACAGA